UAGGAGCUCUCUGGGCUAGAGCUGAGUUUCAGGGCCCACGGGAGGCUUGGAGGAGAAAACAGCUCUGCUCAUCAUGUGCGAGGAGAUAAAGGCAACAGUGCAGAAACACAUGCAGGACCUGCGACACAGUAAGGAGGAGCUAAACAGGCUGAACCAGGCCAUCCAGCGGCUGACAGUGGAGGUGGACGGCACCAAGAGCCAGGCCUGUGAACCAGAGAGAGGCAAGGACCCAGCCGCUCUGCAGGAGGAAAGGGCCUCAGGAAGCGCCAAGGGCAAGCUGGUCUGGCUGGAAGCUGCCCUGCAGAAGGCCAAGCAGGACAUGGUGCGGCAGCUGCGUGAGUACCAGGAGCUCAUGAUCGUCAAGCUGGGCCUGGAGCUCGAGAUCGCCAUCUACAGGAAGCUGCUGGAGGGUGAGGAGAGCAGGCUUGAUCUGGGAUUUGGGGCAGGAAAUAUCACCUCUCUCCGCUCAGCCCUGGGAAGUGCUCCCACCGGCCUGCCGGGCUCAGCCUCGGGCCCUGAGGCACUGCGGCCGCCCAGAGCGGGUCCCAGCGCCGUGGAGACGAGCGCCCCUGGCGGCGUCUGUGCGCUCUGCGGCUCCCCCGGCUGUGUCGGGGGUUUACGCUGCAGCGGCUCACGCAGAUGCUGAAUCCUUCCUGCCCUACUCCAGAGAAGUCAAGGAACCCUAGCUUCCUCCCCAGUGACUUGGACCUGUGUCUCAGAUGCCCGCUCCCACGGUUCCGACCCUCGUCUUACCUCUCCCUCUUGUCCCCCACCCUAGGUUAUAAAGUCUUUGAAUGUAGUUUACUGGACCAUGGUAGACCCAUCCCCAGUGUGGGGAUAGGCUGGAUGCUGUGCCACUGGGAAGCAUGGUAUUUGUUUUCCCUGGAUCCAGCACCCCUCCCCUCUGAACUGCCCCAUCCCCUUCUUUUCCUGGGACUCCUCCUCUGCAAUAAAAAGUUAUGUAGCA